CCCUAAGGGAGGGUGCUGAGGGGCCCUGGGCAGGAGGUUGGUGCUCAGCUACGGCCCUGUGCCUCCUGCUGCCGCUGGCAGGGGCCGGCAGCAUCCUUAACCAGCAGCCAUGACCCAGGGGAAGCUCUCUGUGACCAGCAAGGCCCCCAGCGGCGAGGGGCGAGGGGAGAAGAAGGACAAUGCCCCUGCAGCCCCUCCCACCUACGAGGAGGCCACGGCAGGAGGAGGGAUGAAGGCUGCUGCUUACUCUCCUCCCCCCUCGGUCCCACUCCACCCCAGCUGGGCUUAUGUCGACCCCAGCUCCAGCCCCAGCUAUGGCAGUGGAGGCUACCCAGGGGACACAGAGCUGCUGACCACCCUCAGCUGGGACGACAGCAGCGUGCGCAGGGUCUUCAUCAGGAAGGUUUAUGGCAUCCUGCUGGUCCAGCUCUUGGUCACUGUGGCCAUUGUGGCUUUCUUCACCUUCUGUGAGCCAGUGAAGGGCUACAUCCAGACCCACUCUGCCUGGUACUGGGCUUCCUAUGCUGUCUUCUUUGUCACCUACUUGAUCCUUGCCUGCUGCUCUGGACCCAGGAGAUACUUCCCAUGGAACCUGAUCCUGCUCAGCAUCUUUACUCUCUCCAUGGCUUAUCUCACUGGGAUGCUCUCCAGCUACUACAACACCAAGUCUGUGCUGCUGUGCCUGGGGAUCACAGCCCUGGUCUGCCUCUCUGUCACCAUCUUCAGCUUCCAGAGCAAGUUUGACUUCACCUCCUACCAGGGAGUGCUCUUUGUGAUGCUCAUGGUGCUGCUCUUUGGGGGCCUCAUCCUGGCUGUGCUUCUGCCCUACCAAUAUGUCCCCUGGCUCCAGGCCAUCUAUGCCCUGCUGGGAGCCAUCAUCUUCACCAUGUUCCUGGCCCUGGACACCCAGCUGCUGCUGGGCAGCCGCCGCUGCUCCCUCAGCCCCGAGGAGUACAUCUUUGGAGCCCUCAACAUCUACCUGGACAUCAUCUACAUCUUCUCCUUCUUCCUCCAGUUCUUUGGCUCCAGCCAGGACUGAGGGAGCCCAGCAGGCUGCCAGCUCCUCCCUGCUGCCCCUGGAGACAGAUGGAAGAGGAGGAAGAGGAGGA